AUGAGUGCCAAAGUGAACAUGGAGGCUCAACCGAAAGAGGAGCCCAGAUCUCUGGAUCCGUCCGCCUCGUCUCCUAGUGAGACCGUUCUCAUCUGUGGGAAUGAUGGUGUGGCUAAGAAGGCCCGGCCCCAGCCCCAGCCACACACCACCACAGCUCUACUCCUUCCAGCUCCUGCUCUUAGUCAUCAGAAGGUGGAGGUGACUCCAACUGUUGCUGUGGGAGACCUAGGUAAAGGAGUAAGGGCCAAUCAGACGGCUCUGCCCACCCUUACAGCACAAGUGGGUGGGGCUUGUAGCAUCGUCCAUGUCCUGGAAUGGAAGGAGGGGAUGGCGAUCCUGCCUAGCAGCAACCUCAAGUUCUGUGUGAGUGACGUAGGAACACUGAGCACACUGAUAACCCCAGGGACGACCAGCAGCACAGCCGAAUUAGCAGCAGGGACUUCUGGGAGAUCCGCCGAUGCAGAAGGGGCUCCAGCAGACAAGCCAGAUGUGUCAGCCCCUGUAGGCCCCGUGCGAGGUGCAGCUGUGGAGCCGGGAAGGUUGGUUUCCAUAAAACCUGAAGUUCAGGUCGGACUGGGACAACUUAACCAUGAUCCCAGAGCGAAGAGGCCCUACACAGAGGAGCUACGAAGAGAGCCCAUCACUGACAGGAGGAGCGCUGGCGUGGAGAAGGUGCCGGCAGGUGGCAGGGUCUCCUCCCUUAACCCUGAUCACCUGAAACCCAUGAGGAAGAGGAAGAGGAAGGAGUACCUUAGUCCCUCUGAGGAAGACUCCGACAUGGAGGGCACGGAUGAGAAAAUGGAUGACUCUAAAGCAGACAGUCGACACAUCAGAGCAGCUGGAGACACUAAGACUGAGCAGUGGACGUGGGCUCUGUAUCUGGAGGAAACCAAAGCAAUUUCUUCUCCCAACAAGCUUUUCCAAGAGUCUCAGAGAGUGCCGACAGUGAAGAACGGCUUUAAACAGGGGAUGAAGCUGGAAGGCAUCGACCCGCAGCAUCCGUCCAUGUACUUUGUCCUCACUGUGGCCGAGGUCUGUGGUUACCGGUUGCGGCUCCAUUUUGAUGGCUACUCCGACUGUCACGACUUCUGGGUGAAUGCAAACUCUCCCGACAUCCACCCUGCAGGCUGGUGUGAGAGCACAGGACACAAACUGCACACUCCCAAAGGUCAGAGUUAGAUGAGAAGGUCGAUACCACUCGCAUGUCUAUACAGCUGUAAAGAGGAGGAGUUUACCUGGACCAACUACCUGAGAAUGACUAAAGCACAAGUGGCUCCCAAAGAGUUGUUUGCCAGUCCUGGCAGGAUUGAUGUGAAGUGCAGCUUCGACAUAGGCAUGAAGCUGGAGGCUGUAGACCGCAUGAACCCCUCCCUCAUCUGUGUAGCAACUGUCACUGACAUGGUGGACUAUCGUUUCCUGGUUCAUUUUGACAACUGGGAUGACACAUAUGACUACUGGUGUGAUGCUAGCAGUCCGUACAUUCAUCCGAUUGGUUGGUGCCAGGAGAGGAACCUGCCCCUAACCCCACCCCAAGAUUACCCAGACCAGGCCCGGUUCUCCUGGUCUCACUACCUGGAGGAGACUGGUGCUAAGGCUGUGGCUGCUGAUGCCUUUAAAGUGCGUGCGGCCCACAGCUUCCAACCUCAGAUGAAACUGGAGGCCGUGGACAAGCGAAGUCCUGGUCUGAUCAGAGUAGCCACAGUGGAGGAGGUCGAGACUCACCGCAUAAAGGUCCAUUAUGACGGCUGGAGUCACGUCUAUGAUGAAUGGGUGGACUCAGAUCACCCAGACAUACAUCCAGCAGGCUGGUGUGAAGCAACCGGUCACCCACUGAAAAUUCCCCCACAGGACUCCAAAACACAGGAGCCACACGGUGUGAGGGAGCCUCCUGCCAUCGGUCAGUCGGUGUACCCGUCCUCUGUUCCCUGCAAACCCAUCAGCCACCCCAGAUCCAACAAGUACAGCUUCCACAACAGGAAGUGUCCGACUCCAGGUUGUGACGGCUCAGGCCAUGUGACUGGUCGAUUCACUGCUCAUCACUGCAUAUCUGGCUGCCCGCUGGCUGAGCGUAACCAGGGCAGGCUGAAGGCUGAGCUGUCAGACUCGGAGUGCAAGAGGAACCUCUUCUUUGGCCAGAGGACCAAGAAGACCCAUUACCGUGGCAGGAUCGGUCGUCCUCCCAAAUACAGGAAGAACCAGCAGAGAGACUACCAGAACGUGUCCUCAGAGGUGUAUCCGUCACUGUUCAUGUCGGCACUGGGCGGCCAGUCAGACAGGACUCUGUCUCUGUGCUGGGAGCAGCACUGUAAACUGCUGCCUGGCGUUCAGGGCAUUCACGCGAGCCAGGUAGCGGCAUGGAACGUUGAAGAGGUCUCCAGUUUUGUCCAGAAUCUAAUCGGCUGUGAAGAACAAGCUCGUGUGUUUAAAGACGAGAUGAUUGACGGGGAGGCCUUCCUGCUGCUCACCCAGACCGACAUUGUGAAGAUCAUGAGCAUCAAGCUUGGCCCCGCCCUCAAGAUCUCCAACGCCAUCCUCAUGUUCAAGAGCACAGAUGAGGGACUCAAGUGA